AUGAGCGCAGCAAGUUUGGUACUCUUGGGGCUUGCUCUGAGGUUUAGGGCCACAAUCUCUAAGCCAGAGGAGGGAAGCUUUUGCUCCAAAAGCCAAGUGGCCUUCAGAGACUCUUGCUAUGAAUUUGUGCCUUUCGCUCAAACCUUCUAUGGUGCCCAGAGCUGGUGCGAGGAGCAAGGGGGCCAUUUGGUCUUUAUUCAUGAUGAAGACACACAGCAAUUCCUGCAGAAGCACAUCUCCCAGGACAGGGAAUGGUGGAUUGGACUCAUAGGGAACUCGGCUCAGACUGGAACCAUAGGAGGGCCAGGGAUCUGGCUGGACACCUCCAAUGUGAGCUAUAGCCACUGGCAUGGAAAACAGGCCUCUCCUGUUCUCAACACCUGUGGUUACAUCAGGAGAGACGCUUCCUUUGGGUGGGCGGCUUCAGACAACUGCACACAGCUGUUUGCCUUCAUCUGCGAGUUUGGGCUUGGCCAGAGUCUGGCCUGUGACGGCCUCAAUGCCACCAUGCACUGUGGCUCAGGGGAAGUCAUCCAGAUCCAGGACGCCAUCUACGGACGCCAGACCCCUCAUUAUUGCACCCAGGGUGCUGCACACCCCUUGGAGGAGGAAUGCAGCUGGACCAGCGUCAAGGACGAAGUGGCAGGCCAGUGCCAGGGGCUGCAGGUAUGCCAGGUGGCAGCAGAUGGGACCUACUUUGGAGACCUGUGCCCUACCCAGGGCAGCUACCUAUGGGUGCAGUACCAGUGCCAGGAAGGCCUGCAGCUGAUGGUGUCCAAUGAGAGUUUCAUCUUUGACAAUGUCACCAUCUCCCUGACAUGGCUCCUUUCUCCCUACAUUGGAAAUCUGUCAUGUAUAAUUAGUACAGGAGAUGGCCACACUUUCGAUCCCUACUACCCCCCCAGUUCAUCCAGCAGUGUGAUCCACCAGUUCACAGCCCCUGGGGAAUUCACUGUGUUUGCUGAGUGCACAACCACUGAGUGGCAUGUGAUGGCCCAGAAGCAUGUGACAAUCCGAGACAAGAUGGAGAGGCUCACUGUGACAGGGUGCUCCAGCCUGUCCAUGUCAGGAGCCAGCCCUCUCUGCCGCACUGUCUUUGGGGACCCAUUGUGGGUUCAAGUGGUACUUGAUGGAGGAACAGGGGUAACUUACACUGCGCUGUUGGGUAACACAACCCUGGCUGAGUUCACCACGCCAAGGGGCUUGCUACCCUACAAUCUGACCCUGGACAGAGCAGCCCAACAACGGAUGGGCCCAGGGAUACACCACCUGGAGAUCCGAGCCACCAGCAACACCACCACCGCUGCACCUUCCAGAAACAUCACAGUCUACUUCGUGGAGCCUCUGUCAGGGCUACAGGCCUCCUUGGGUUCUGACCACUUGGAGCUUGGACAAGACCUACUGGUCAACGUCUCAGUGGCUCAUGGCAUCCCGGAGGGGCUGACCUUUGAAGUGGCAGGACUCAAUGCAACCUUCUCCCAUGAAGAAGCAAGCCUCGAGGGACCACUUGGGAUUUACCACGUAGCAGUUCCUUUUGAAGGCACCUUUCUGGUCACUGUGAUGGUGAGGAAUGCCUUUUCAAACUUGAGUUUGGAAGUCGGAAGCAUCACUGUCACAGAUUGCUGUGGGGUGGGAGGCGGGGUACCAACUGUGGAGGGGCGUCUCACCAGCCAGCUGCUUUUUCUGCAGAGAGAGAAAGGGGAUGUGCAGGUGUAUGUGGAACCUGGUCAGUAUGUGGAUCCUUUCACGACUGUGACUCUGGGCUGGCCAGACAGUGGCAAGGAUUUACGCUUCCAGUGGUCAUGUGGACGUUGCUGGGCCCAGUGGAGCUACUGUGUUGAGAGGCAGCUGCUCUGCACAGACCAGAGGGAGCUGGUGCUUCUUCCAUCCUGCCUGCCACCACCCAAUUCUGCCAUCACCCUGCGCCUGGCCACCUGGAGACGCAGACAGCUGGAGAACCAGGAGGAGCAGUGCCUCUAUGUGUCUGCCCCCCUGGAACUCAGGCCUCGAGUCAGCUGUGAGAAGAACUGCAGGCCAGCAAAUACCAGUGAAGACAUUGUUCUCAGAGUCACCUUGGGGGAUGACUCCUCAGUGGCCAUGUUCAACUGGUAUUUAGAGGACACUUCUCUGGAGAAGGCUGAGCCUCUCCCAGCUGCCUGCAGAUUCCAGGGAUUUUGGCCAAGUGCUUUAAUCCUCAUUGAGAGCAACACCUCUACAGUGCGGCUGAACAGCUCCUUUUUGCAGACCUGGGGCCAGGCCAUCCGGAUCAAAGCCACAGCAGUGACCAGGCAUGCCUAUGGGGAGGACACCUACGUGAUCAGCUCUCUGCCUCCCCCAGAGGUGCCCAGCUGCACCAUCACUCCAGAAGAGGGUACCAUUCUGACGAGCUUCACCAUCUUCUGUAACACAUCCUCGGCCCUGGGUCCCCUGGAGUACUGCUUCUGUCUGGAGUCAGGUUCCUGUCUACACUGUGGCCCUGAACCUGCUCUCUCAUCAGUUUAUCUGCCACUUGGGAAAGUAAACAAUGACUUCAUGCUGGUGGUGGUCAUUUCUGUUUCCAAUCUCGCAGGGGACAAACAGCAGGCCCAUGCAGUGGUGAAGGUGGGACUUGGAGACAUCUGUGUUGAGAACGUGGCAUUCCAGGCCGCAGUGCUGGAGAAUGUCACCGCCACUCUGCAAGGCGAGCGGGACCCUGAACGGCUCUUCCAGCUGGCCACGGCUGUGUCAUCCAUCCUGGACCUGGAGAGCCAGGGACAGGGCUGUGGGCAGCUGCUGAACAUGGAUGUCAGACAGAAGGUCAGAGAGCAUGUGCUGGGGUCACUAUCUGCAGUCACUACCACCCUGGGGGACAUGCAGAAGGUACAAAGGUUGGCCCAGGUGCUGAGAGAGGUGACCCACCACAGUGAGGAGCUCACACCCAAGGCCCAGUGGGAGGCCACUUGGGCUCUGCAGCAUGCCAGUGAAGCCCUGUUGGCACUGUGUUCCAAGGCCCAUCCUGAAGACCAGAGGCGCCAGGCAGCCACCAAGGACCUGUUUCAGGCUGUGGGCAGCGUGCUGGAAGCUUCCCUGAGGGAGGGACCAGAAAAGCAUGCAGAGGCCAAAGGCAGUCAGAUGGCCCCCGUGCCCCAGCUGCUCAGAGUUGUGGAGCAUGUGCAGGCUGCCCUCCUUCUGGGGACACUGCCUGGGGGCCUCCCAGCCACUCUGGCCACCCCUUCCAUCUCUGUGUAUACAAACAGAAUACAGCCCCGGAGUUGGCGAGGCUCCUCUGUGCAUAUUAAGGCUGCAAGCUCUGCAACCUUUAUCCUGCCUGCGGCCUCCUUCCUUGGCUCCAUGGAGGACAGCUGGGAGCCUGUGGACAUCAGGGUGAUGAGUUUCCCCAAGAGCCCCUUCCCAGCCCAAAGUCACUUUGAUGUCAGUGGAACUAUUGGUGGCUUCUGUUUGACCAGACCUAGUGGACAUCUCAUACCCAUGAGGAAUCUGUCGGAGAAUAUCGAGAUCCUGCUGCCUCGGCUUUUGGAAGGGCACAAUGAGCCAACUGUGUUAAACCUGACUAGUCCUGAAGCUUUAUGGUUGAACCUGACUUCAGACAGAGCAGCUUUGGGGAUCCAGCUGCACUGGAGACCUGCCAUCCCACUCAUACUCAGCCUGGGCUAUGGCUACCACCCCAAUGAGACCAGCUAUGAUGCAAAAGCUCACAUCCCGCCAAUGGCUGCUACAGAUGGGCUGUCCACGUGGAUCCUGAACCCAGAGGACCUGCAUUUUGGAGAAGGGGUCUAUUAUCUGACUGUGGUCCCCGAGUCUGACCUGGAACUGAUCCCUGGCAGGGACCUCACAGUUGGCAUCACCACCUUCCUGUCCCAUUGUGUGUUCUGGGAUGAGGUCCAGGGGACUUGGGACAACUCUGGGUGCCAGGUGGGGCCACGGACCACCCUCUCCCAGACACACUGCCUCUGCAACCACCUCACCUUCUUUGGAAGCACAUUCCUGGUCAUGCCCAACACCAUCGAUGUCCGCCAGACCGCUGAACUCUUUGCCACCUUUGAGGACAACCCCGUGGUUGUGACCACCGUGGGCUGCCUCUGUGUGGCCUACAUACUUGUGGUGAUCUGGGCGAAGAGGAAGGAUGCUCAGGAUCAGGCCAAGGUGAGGGUCACAGUGCUGGAGGACAAUGAUCCCUUUGCCCAGUACCACUACCUUGUGACAGUCUACACUGGACACCGGAGAGGGGCAGCUACUUCCUCGAAGGUGACUGUCACCCUAUAUGGCCUGGAUGGAGAGAGUGAACCCCACCACCUGUCAGACCCUGACAUCCCAGUUUUUGAGCGAGGAGGAGUGGAUGUCUUCUUACUCUCCACCCUGUUCCCCCUGGGGGAACUAAAGAGCCUGCGGCUAUGGCAUGACAACUCAGGGGACCGGCCAUCCUGGUAUGUGAGCCGGGUGCUGGUGCAUGACCUGGCUAGGGACCGGAAGUGGCAUUUCCUCUGCAACUCAUGGCUGUCCAUCGAUGUCGGAGACUGUGUCCUUGACAAAGUAUUUCCUGUGGCCACAGAGCAGGACAGGAAGCAAUUCAGCCACCUGUUUUUCAUGAAGACCUCCACGGGCUUCCAGGAUGGACACAUCUGGUACUCCAUCUUCAGCUGCUCUGCUAGGAGCAACUUCACCCGCGUCCAGAGGGUGUCCUGCUGCUUCUCUCUGCUUCUCUGCACCAUGCUGACCAGUAUCAUGUUCUGGGGUGUUCCCAAGGACCCAGCUGAGCAAAAGAUGGACUUGGGUAAAAUUGAAUUCACCUGGCAGGAAGUAAUGAUUGGACUGGAGAGCUCUCUCCUCAUGUUCCCCAUCAACCUCCUAAUUGUUCAGAUCUUUCGAAACACCCAUCCUCGGGUCACUAAGGAGCAGAAAACUGGGAAAUGGGACAGGGGCGCCCCCAAUCUGGCCUCCUCACUGCAGCCCAUGGAGGAUGGUCUUCUGACACUUGAAGUGGUGACCAAGGAUAUGUGGAGAUUUGUCAGCAACCUGUUUAAAGCUCUGAAAGUGCCACCACCUGCCUCUGGCUGGGACUCAGCAACCUUAAUGGACAUCAAUCAACUGCUGGUCUUGGUGGAAGAUGUCAUCUGUCUACAGAACAUGGAAGGGCAGGAGUUCUGGGAGGAAGCCAAACAGAGAGAGGACCCUUUAAUACUGCCUCUUGGGUCUCUACAAGUGAAAGAACGAAUGCAAUGCCUGAUGCCAGAGGUGGUCCCAAGUGACUGUCUGAAGGACAAUGCCUAUAAACAGUGUCUCUACCUUCAGCUGGAAUACAUGGAGCAAGAGCUUCAGCUGGUGGGACCCCAUGGCUUCCCGCAGGGCCAGAGCCACACCCGGGCCCUCAGCCAACUGCAGAUGCUGAAGGGCCACCUGCGAAGACAGCUGGGCGCCCCACCCCCAGCAUACACUGGCUUCCGGAUGGCCAGCAAACCUCCUCGUGGCCUGCCCUGGUGGUGCGUCCUAGUGGGCUGGUUCCUGGUGGCGGCCACAAGUGGCGUGGCAGCCUUCUUUACCAUGCUCUACGGCCUGCACUACGGACGGGCCGGCUCCCUCAAAUGGCUCAUCUCCGUGGCCAUCUCCUUCGUGGAGAGCGUGUUCGUCACCCAGCCUCUGAAGGUGCUGGGCUUUGCUGCCUUCUUCGCACUGGUCUUGAAGAGAGUGGAGGACGAGGAGGAGCCCGUGGCCUCCCUCCCAGGACGUCUGUCUAGCCCAGACCCUACUGCCUUGUUCCGAGCACGAAGAUGCAGCAGAAAGGACAUUUACCAGCCACCUUUGACCACUGACAUCGAGAAGAUGAAAACCACCCAUCUCAAGGAACAGAAGGCAUUUGCCUUCAUCAGAGAAAUCUUGGCAUACCUGGGCUUCCUGUGGAUGCUGCUGCUGGUUGCCUAUGGGCAGAGGGACCCCAGCACCUACCACUUCAACAGACACCUGGAGCACAGCUUCACUCAAGGCUUUUCAGCUGUGUUAAGCUUCAAGGAGUUCUUCAUGUGGGCCAACACCACCCUCGUGAGCAACCUGUACAGUCAUUACCCAGGCUUUAUCACUGAUGGGAACUCUAAGCUGGUUGGCAGUGCCCAGAUUCGUCAAGUGAGAGUCCGGGAAAACUCUUGCCCUCUUGUCCCACACCUGCAGGCUUCUCUUGACAGAUGUCAUGCACCAUAUUCCCUGGAUAUUGAAGACCUAUCAGACUAUGGGGAAGGCUGGAAUGCCUCUAUCCUCAAUAACAGCAGGGGCUUUUCCCAGGCGUGGCAAUACCAGAGCCAGAGACAACGCCGAGGGUAUCCCAUCUGGGGCAAACUCACUGUGUACCGGGGAGGAGGUUACGUGGUCCCCUUAGGGACUGAUCGCAAAAGCACAUCAAGAAUUCUCCAGUACCUCUUUGACAACACCUGGCUGGACAGCCUGACCAGAGCUGUUUUUGUGGAGUUUACUGUCUACAAUGCCAAUGUGAACCUGUUCUGCAUCAUCACUCUGACCCUGGAGACUAGCGCCCUGGGAACCUUCUUCCCACAUGCGAACCUGCAGAGCCUGCGCCUGUACCCCUUCACUGACGGCUGGCACCCCUUCGUGGUAGCAGCAGAGGCCAUCUACCUCCUGUUCCUUCUCUACUACAUGAUUGUGCAGGGCAAGCUCAUGAGAAAACAGAAGUGGAGCUAUUUCCAUAGCAAGUGGAAUCUUCUGGAGCUGACCAUCAUCCUAGCCAGUUGGAGUGCCCUGGCAAUGUUUGCGAAGAGGGCCAUCCUGGCAGAACGGGACAUCCAGCACUACAGGAGCCACGGGGAGGAGGGGAUCAGUUUCAGUGAGACAGCAGCGGCUGAUGCUGCCCUUGGGUAUAUCAUUGCCUUCCUGGUACUGCUGUCCACAGUGAAGCUUUGGCAUCUGCUCAGGUUGAACCCCAAAAUGAACAUGAUCACAUCAGCCCUGCGCCGUGCUUGGGGGGACAUUUCGGGGUUUAUCAUCGUCAUCCUCAUCAUGCUUCUGGCUUACUCCAUUGCGUCAAACUUAAUAUUUGGUUGGAAACUCCGUUCCUACAAAACCCUCUUUGAUGCAGCAGAAACAAUGAUCAGCCUUCAGCUCGGAAUCUUUAACUACGAGGAGGUCUUGGACUACAGCCCAGUGCUUGGCUCCUUCCUGAUUGGGUCCUGCAUCAUUUUCAUGACAUUUGUGGUGCUGAAUCUAUUUAUCUCUGUCAUUCUGGUGGCCUUCAAUGAGGAGCAAAAAAAUGAUCAGCUGUCGGAAGAAGGAGAGAUUGUCGAUUUGUUACUGAUGAAAAUACUCAGUUUCUUGGCUAUUAAACGUAAAAGAGAGGAGCCUGGAAGCAGCAGUGAGCAGCCCAAGUAG